GGGCGGGCGGAGGAGCGGAGCCCGAGCUGCCUGGGGAGCGCUCGCUGGCUCGCUGGUUCGCCGCUGCCGCUGCGCUGCGCCCCGGCCGGUCGCCGCGGCCCGUGGAUGGGGAUGUCCGGCUGAGCCCCGGGAUCCGCCUCCCUCCUCCAGGAGCCGCACAGAUAAGUGAACCCCGAGAGCUGCUGCUGCUCUGUCGCUGUGCCGGAAUGGAGGCCCCACUGGUGAGUCUCGAUGAAGAAUUCGAGGACCUUCGUCCCUGCAGCUCGGAGGACCAGGAGGAGAAGCCGCGGGGUUUCUAUGGCUCAUCUCCCCCCCAUCUAGAGGAUCCCUCUCUCUCUGAGCUUGAGAAUUUUUCUUCUGAAAUAAUCAGCUUCAAGUCCAUGGAAGACCUCGUGAACGAGUUUGAUGAGAAGCUCAAUGUCUGCUUUCGGAACUACAAUGCCAAGACCGAGAACCUAGCUCCUGUGAAGAACCAGUUGCAGAUCCAAGAGGAGGAGGAGACGCUGCAGGACGAGGAGGUGUGGGACGCUCUGACAGACAAUUACAUCCCUUCACUCUCGGCAGACUGGAGGAACCCAAACAUGGAGGGUCUGAAUGGCAACAGCUCUGACAAUGAGAUCCAUGAGAAAGAAGAGGAAGAAUUCAAUGAGAAGAGUGAAAAUGAUUCUGGAAUCAAUGAGGAACCUCUACUCACAGCAGAUCAGGUGAUUGAAGAGAUUGAGGAAAUGAUGCAGAACUCUCCAGACCCCGAGGAAGAAGAGGAUGUGCUGGAAGAGGAGGAUGGGGGUGAGACCUCCUCGCAAGCAGACUCGGUCCUCCUGCAGGAGAUUCAGGCCUUGACUCAGACCUUCAACAACAACUGGUCCUAUGAAGGCCUGAGGCACAUGUCAGGGUCUGAGCUGACCGAGCUGCUGGAUCAGGUGGAGGGCGCCAUCCGGGACUUCUCAGAGGAGCUGGUGCAACAGCUGGCUCGCCGGGACGAGCUGGAGUUUGAGAAGGAGGUGAAGAACUCCUUCAUCACGGUGCUUAUUGAGGUUCAGAACAAGCAGAAGGAGCAGCGAGAACUGAUGAAAAAGAGGCGGAAAGAGAAAGGCCUGAGCCUGCAGAGUAACCGAAUAGAGAAGGGAAACCAGAUGCCUCUCAAGCGCUUCAGCAUGGAAGGCAUCUCCAACAUUCUGCAGAGUGGCAUCCGCCAGACCUUUGGCUCCUCAGGAACUGACAAACAGUAUCUGAACACAGUCAUCCCUUACGAGAAGAAAGCCUCCCCUCCUUCUGUGGAAGACCUGCAGAUGCUGACAAACAUUCUCUUCGCCAUGAAGGAAGAUAACGAGAAGGUGCCUACUUUGCUAACGGACUACAUUUUAAAAGUGCUCUGUCCUACCUAAACUUGCCCUUUGGAGCAGCCUGUCAGGAGGUCACUGAGCAAGAGUCAUUCCAUCGCAGGGACUGCAUGACACCACGUAACCUCCGACGUGUAUUUAAAUAUGUAUAGCUUAACCUGGAUUAAACACGAGCAAACGCGCGGGGUCCUUUGCUGUUGGCUUUAUCCUAGUAAUCAGUUGGAUGCAUGAUCAAGGGGCAAGCUGGGGAUGUCGCUUCCCCUCCGCCCGUGUUGGAGGAAGGCGGAUGCUUUCCCCAUUCAUUAUGUAGUCUGGCUCCAGCCCUCAAAAACAGCUUAUACUCUAAGACUAAUUUUGAAAUAAACCUUCAUUUAAUUAAUA